GACACUGACUCCAACUACAGCUGCCAAAGCUCUUCUCUGGGGCUGAGAAGAUCCUCUUUGAGCAUGGCUGUGGCACCCUAUGCCCUGGCACUUCCCCUGGUGUUCGCCCUGCUCAGCCUGGCACCGGCGCCCGCUUUGGGAGGUUGCCCGGCGGCUUGCAGGUGCUCCUUCGCCAUGCUGCAGUGUCUGGAGCCCAAUGGUAUCACCAGCAUCCCGGCACUGGCAACACAAGAGAGUGAGAAUGUGACGGAGAUUUACAUUGAAAACCAAGACGCCCUGGAGAAUAUAACAGAGAUUGAUCUUGCUUACUACAGAGAGCUGAAAAACCUCACGGUCACAUCAUGUAAGCUGAGGCUCAUCUCUAUCAAUGCCUUCCAAUUCAACCUCAAGCUGCAGUAUGUGAACCUGGCAUCAAACUCUCUGGAACACAUCUCCUGGAGGGUGUUUCAUUUUCUACCACUGCUCAACCUUGCCUACGACACCAUCAAAGGGGAGGAACUGAUGGAGAGUGUGCGAAUAGUGCAGGCAGCGCAAGGUGAAAGGCAAUAUGGGGAGGCCUGGAGGGUCAUCAAUGAGAUGACUGGGCGGAAGAGGUCUAAGGAGGGACAGGUUGAGGGACACAGCCCCAAGGAGAGGGUGACGACCUGGUUCAACCACUUCCAAAGCCUGCUGGGCACAAUAGCGGAUGGAGCUGAGGAAAGUAUACCAGCUUUCCUCCAGAACCUGCCCAUCGACGAUGGUCCCUUCACAGUGAGCUUGCCAGGGCGAAGUCCACAGUGA